UGGUAGAAGACGUCCGUCUGGUUACCAUUACAAGGUUCAGACUUUGGAGGCAGAAUCCGUACGGCUUGGCUGGUUCCCAAUCCUCCAUGCAAAUCCGAGACAGCCGUUUUCUUGAUUGAAAAGUGAAGACGAAUCGUACCAGGAUUAAAUCAAAUAUUCUGUCAGCCACCUCUCUCUCUCUCUCUCCACCAAACCCUGAUUUCAACCUCUUCCACACCAAAGUCUCCAAUGAGGGGGGGAAUGGCGGAACAUGACGGGAAAGAGUUCUUUAAAGUGUAUCUUCCUUUCCAAAGCUCUCGAAUGUUGCGUGUGCCACCAGCUUUUGUCAAGCACUUUAAUGGAUCCAUACCAAAUAAUGCCAUACUUAAAGAUCUCAGUGGAAGACUUUGGCACGUGGAGGUCGAAGAAGCAGAAAAUGGGGUGUUUCUUAAAAAUGGAUGGCAAAGAUUUGCUAGUGAUCAUUUUCUAGAGCAUGGGAACUUCUUAGUAUUUAGAUACGAUGGAAAUUCCUUAUUUGAUGUCAAAAUAUAUGGGAAUAACGGAUGCAUGAAAGAAGAAACUUUAGUAAAUGAAGACGUGAAACCAGAGAUCAACACUGAAGAACAGUCGGAAGAAGAGCACAUUUGUCCCAAGCCCACUGGUAGGUGCAAGCAUAUGUGUCCAGGAGUUGGCAUGGGAGGAUCUAAACAAUGUAAAAGAUUUAGAUAUGCAGGCCUGAGAGGUCGAUGUGAGUCAAGGACAAUUGCUUCUUCAAGGACUAGCGAUGGAAGCCGGGCAUCUGAUGCAUUGCAGUUUGCCGUGCCCGAAAAUCCUCAUUUUAUUGCCUCUGUCCAUCCUAAAACACCUAAUCUUCUAAUCAUCCCCAGACAAUUGAUAAUUGAACAUAGCAUCAGAAUAAAGCCAGAUAUGAUCCUUCGCAAUCAGAAUGGGAAGUUGUGGCCUGUGAAAGUUGAUUUUCGCAAGGAUGGCCGAAUGUCUUUUGUGAAGGGUUGGAGGAGCUUUUGGGAGGAGAACGGUAUAGGAUACGAUGACAAGUGCAUAUUUGAGUUCCUGUUUAACGGGCGAAGAUGCCUUCGCAGAGAAAUACAGGUGCUAAUUGUCCGGUCUAAAGGGAAGGCGAAGGUGAGUUCGAGGCAAGGGAAGCAGAAGCUGCUUUGCUCCGACACCAAGCCCUUUGGCCUGAUAUCUUGAAUUGUUCUAACUUCUGGUGUAGAUUACAAUUUUCAAGCAACUAUUAUCUGGAUUAGCUGUUGAAUUAAACUCACUUUGCAUGGACUUAAUUUGUUUUGCUAUGGAAGAACUGCAAUCGUUAGUUCGUUGGCAAAUGGAAAUAUACUCUGCUUAUGGAUUGAUACAAAUACAAAAUGCGCGCGCAGUGUUUCAUCCCUCCAUUCUGAUGCGCGGCCAUGUUGGUUUGUUUCAUAUUCUUGGUUUGUUUGUGAUGAUCACCAAUCGCUUCUAUUCCCAGUUUCCACCAUGUUUG